AUGGCCUGGGAGGCCACAUACCUGCUCUCCUCAGUGCUGCUGCUGCUCCUGGCCUCAGGCUCCUGGGCACAGGACCCGGAGGUACUUCGAACAUGGGAGGGCAAGACUGUUUCUGUGAAAUGCGAGUAUAAUCCCAGAUACCGCUUCAAUGUGAAGACCUGGUGUAAGGAAGUAUCAGAAGUCGCUUGUCCACCUUUAGUGUCGAGUGUCAGCAGAGGUGCUGAGAAGCUAAGAUUCUCCAUCCAGGAAGAUUCUCAGUUCAGCUUCUUCAAUGUCACCAUGACUGAGCUCAAGACGGCCGACUCGGGCAUCUAUCACUGUGGGUUCUUUGGAAAUUAUAGAAACGUCAUCAAUAUUCUCAAAACUAUCCGCCUGGUGGUGUCAAAAGCCCCACACACAACCACCCGGAUGACGACAGCCCUGGCCUCUACCCACAGCCCUGUCAUUGACAGCUCUCCAGAUAAGCCGAUGUGGAAGGUCAUCAUUGCUGGGGUGCUUGUGGCCACUCUGUUAGUGCUUGGACUUGUCAUCCUUGUGGUCCUGUACCUAAAGAAACCUCGAGAAAAAGCCCAGAACGUCGGGAAUAAAUGUCACCAUAUCUACGAGGACUUUUCAGGCCAGAAGGAAGAGACCACUAACUUCAAUCAGCAGGUCCUCUCCAGCGAGGACACUGAGAACAUCUGCUAUGCCUCUCUCAUCCAUCUAAACCACGUGAGCCCUCAGGGCUCCCAGUACAGGAACACCCAGCCCUCUGGUGACCCGAUUCUGUCUGUGGAAUAUGCCAGCAUCUCUAGAAAUGGACUCGGGUCUUCCAAGUCAAAUGCCCAAGAGGUGGAGACCAGGGACUGA